CGGGUACUCAACUAGACUGUUGAGAGGGAAAAAAAAAAAAAAAGAUGGCGGAACUUGGACCGCUGUUCCGGCUUGAAAAUGUCAUCACGCAGUACGGAUUUGUCGUUGUUUUUUGACCAGUUGAGGCACUCAAAGGGAUAUGGUUGUGGACAUGCUGACUUUUCCCCAAGAGCAAAUCCCUCGGCGUGUCGCUUCGAUGGAGGAAGACAGCCGGAAUUCCUCUGCUGCCCUUUGUGCCAAACACCACAGCGACCAUCAUCCUCAAGCUGUCCCUCACGCUUCUGUUUUUCACCGCUCCGAUGAUCCCGCAAGUUCAUCAAGAAGCAGAAGUUCAAAGAUGGUCAGGAUGAACCCCAGUGACUGUGCCAGAUCCACAGAGCAGCAGCGAAUGAACUCGUCUGAAAGAGACGGCAGGGAAAGCCAUGAAGACGGAGACGAGUCUCAACACAGACAGCACGAAGAUAAAACCACAAGGUCCUGUAAACGCAAGUUGGAGUUAGCAUCACUAUCUUUAGGCUCGCAUGACGUGACUAAAGCCCAGGAUUCUGGGAAAAAAGAUCCCGAAAACCCUCCACCAGCAAAGAGAUGGGUGAUCGGCCCUCUUUUCCAGUCCUUCAAGUCUAAGAUGGCGAGCUUCACGGAGAUAGUCAUGAGUCCCGUGCGGCUUUUCAAACCCGCCGAGUUUCCAGCUGGGUCCAACAACAACGCUCCGUCCACGGGUCAGGAGAACAAGGGGGAUGUAGGAACGGACAGCAGAUAUGACACGUUUUCAAAAAAAUACAAGAUUUCUCCUGUGAUAAAAUUGCCAGUCGUCCAAAGACUGAAUUUUGACACUAGUUCGAGUAACGUGAGCGAUUCAGAGCAGAAUAAAGUGAUGGAUUCGCAGAACGGAUCAGAACAUCAACGAGACUUGAUCCCAGAGGAUGACAGGUGUUUUGAUUCGUUACGUUCUGCAAGCACCAGAUCAUCAACCAAUGAAAUUCCAGAAGGGGUCAGGGGUUCAGAUGUUCAGCAGUGCAGCAGGGAAGAAAAACAAAACUGUGAAUCCUUGAAUCCACGUCCACUCGUGGACCAUACGGACUCUGUCAGGACGAGCCAUAAAAAAGGUUCGGAGUCUCCAGUGAAGGAAUUAAUCGUGUUGUGUGAGCGGCAUUCUUUGGAUGAGUUGGUAAAGUACACAAAACGGGCAAAUAAGACUAAAAGUCAAGCUCAGCCUUUGCCUAAAAAUUUGAGGCUUCCGACUCCUGCCGUGGGAAAGAGGAUGGAAACGAGACGACUAGAGAGAAAGGAAGUGGUGGAAAAAGAAGGCACAAUUGGAGUGGACCAAAUGGAAGACUCUCCAACGCUUACGCAGAACAUGACUUUGGAGAACCUGAAGUUGGUUCAGACUGGUAAAAGGAGAAAGGUUCAAGUCUCGGAUGAGUAUCUUACCACAUGCAAUACUGGAGAUUUUCAAAUGCCAAGUUUAAACUCCUCAGGGAGAGAGAAAAUUUGUCUGAAGCGAGCAUCCAGAAGUAAAAAUAAAAGGGGAAAAGAUGGGAAAUGUACAUUAGUAGGCUUGGACGUCAUGAGUGCCACCAGUGAUGCCACCAAAAGUGCCUCGGUUGACCACCUCAGCACAAAUAUGACGCAUGAUUCUCCACCAGCAGAAGGUCUUCCAUCGUCAGGAUCCAUAAUGUGUGCUAGAAUGACAAGACAGCGCAAGAACAAUAAAGUGUGCAAAGAAGAGAGGAAACCUGAUGUUGCAGAAAGCUGCUGUGACGAUCUAGCACAGCGUUUCAGGUCAAGCAAUAGAACUUCGGUACGAAGGAGCAAUAUCCGACAAGCAAAGCACAAAUCUGAGACGUCCACUAAAAACCCCGCAGCUAAAACCCCACAAGUUAGCAAAAAGAGCUCGGUUGUGAAAAGAGUUAAAAGAGCCGUGGAUGCGUUUGAGGAUCAGGGGAUGUCCAUGUCUCUGACGCUGAAGGUCGGAUCAGGAGUGGCCGGAGAAAAGGAAGCGAACUCAAUCAUGACCUGCGGAAUAAUGGGAAAGGACGCGAUGCUAGCGGAAGCUUCUUGUCCACCUGGAGGGACACCUGAGGACUGUUUGUGUGUUAAAGAUGAGAGAGUAACCGCUGUGGAUGGUGGACACCUUGAGAAAAAGGACAAACCGAGGACAUGGUGUGUGUAUAUCGAGGGAAUAGAAACGCAAGAAGAGGUAGAACAGGAAGACGACUCAAAACCAGGGUGCGGCUCAAAUCAGCUCAAGCGCAGCCUCUCCUGCCCCGAUAUCGCCUCGCUGCAGCACGGUAACGACGCUCUCAUCAAUGAUGAAACUCUUUGUCAUCCUUCUCCACUGAAAGAGUCGGCUCAUUUAAAUGUAAACGUCCCCUCUCCGUUCAAGCGUACUCGCAGACACACGGUGUGCAGUGUAGAAAUCGAGCGCGAGAUCGCCCCCUUGUGCCUCCGCAAGGAAGUUUAUCCAAAAUGGAGCACCGUUUUCAGUCAUUCAUACCCACAGUUUCCGUCUCAGUCCUUGGCAUCCAUCAUCUCCUGUUUUUUAUCGAGCCCCCUGGCAUUCCUGUCCAAGAAAUCGAGUCGAGGACAUGGACACGGCGAUGACAGCAGAUAUGGAGCCAGCAGCAGUAGCGACCUCGCUGUCGUGUCGUCGUCGUCAUCGGCUUCACCACCUUCGCUAAAUUCUCCCACUUUCUCCAGCAUGAUGAGCAGAUCUGCUUUCUUUGCCGAUGCUCCUCGCACACCUGAGCAAUCCUCCGUAUCCUCACACUGCAGGGUGUUUGAUGCUGUGACGAUGGAGGCUGAUGAAGGUGUGGUGCAGCAGGAAAGUGAAGAAAAUGAGCGAUCCUCAGCCGUAUCGGAGGAGAAGGCUUUAUCUGACUCUGAGAUUAAGAUCGACAGCAAGCAAGCAGAACGGGGGAAAGUGUCCUCCAUCCGCAUCCGCAAAACUCUCCCCAAACCACAGUACAAUCUGACUCCAAUGGGUCUUCCCAAAGCCGUCAGGAUCAAGAAGAAAGUUUUUAGUGUGGAGGAAAUCUACACAAACAAGAACUUUAGCAAACCUCCUGAAGGACGCUUAGAGACCAUAUUUGAAGUCCCUCUUAGCCGGCGAGACGGUUCCCAGUCCCUGAUUGGUCCGAAACGCGUGAAGCGCUUUGUUGAAUUCCCUGAACUGGGCGUGGCCAGGAAGCCAAGAAGGCCUCUCGUUGGUGGAGCAGGAUGGGGAGGAGCUCAGAGAAAAGCAGCGGGGAGUUCUGUGAUGGGAAGGACCCGAAGAGGCAGGGAGGAAGAAGUGCCUCUUCAUUUGCAGGACUUUGAUUCACUCCUGUGUUCCAAACUGAACGAACUGGACGUGUGGAUGGCCACGGAGCAGAUGGUUUACUGAAACCUACAGUGUUUUUUGUUUGUUUGUUUGUUUGUUUUUGUAUUUGUGUAGUUUUACCAUGAGGUGAGGUUAGGUUCCAUGGAUGGGUGCGUUUUGUAAAGUUUUCCCGAGAGAUUGAAGAGAGCUGAACUUCGGGAUGGAAUUUGAGAUCCACUGUACCGAUUUAACAAAUCUGACCAACGUUGGCUUGAAAUAAUGUACCAAUUUGAUGCUGUCCCGAUUCAGCGUUUUGGUUAAAUUAAUUUUAUAUAUAGCAGAUUGAUUCUGUUAGAUCUCUUCCUCCCGUAGACUCAUUCAGCCCGUGUCAUACUUUUUAAUAGAAACUUGUGACCUUGUGCACAGCGAAGGAACACAUGACUCACUCACCAUUCAUGCGGAUAAAGUUGUAAGAACACUGUUGCUAUGCAACAGGGUGAGGAAAUAUGUACUUCUGGAAGCAUUACUGCCACAAGAGUGAGCUGUUUACACAACAAAUACUGCUUCAUUUCAGCUCGUGAGAAGGUUUUCUUCUAAUGUGUAAAAAAAACAAAUUUCACAAUCAAAUUAUUUUUGGCGCCUUUUGAAUGUGGUGGUGUUGGUGCAGAUUUGUUUUGAGAGGAUGUCUGUACUGUCAGCCAGCCACGUGUCCAUCAGGUCGAUGUCAGAGUGCAGCUAAUAUUCAGAAAACAGAAAAUAAAUACAUUGAUGCUGAUGGUUAAGUCAUGAGGAUUCCUGAACAGUUCAUUCAGUCUCUCAGGGUGUGUGUGGGGGGGGUUCCUCAAUGUGAACUUUUUUUUUUGUGAAACAGGAAGAUGGUAAACAGUAUAUCAUUUUUCUAAUAAUCCAUUGUUAUCUUACUACCAGUCUGCAGCUCUGUUGUUGAGAAACAUGACGUUCCUCUUCCUCUGAUGCCAUAUGAAAAUGAAUCACACCGUCCAUCUUUUUUCUUUUUUUUUAAAUGUUAAAUACAACCUAUAACUUGUAGCUAUAAUAUUACGGAAACAGGUGAAGGUGAUUUGUUUUCUAUGUAAUAUACCUAUAUAUGUUCCUUGUUAGUUUUUUAAAUGUUUAUACUUAUUAAAUUGAACAUUUGCUUGUAAACAGUUGGAAAGUAUGUUAUGUUAUUUAAUGUCCAUGGUAUAAAAAUACAAAAAUGACAACUAUA